AUGGAGGUUGAGAUCUCUUGGAAGCCGCCACCUCUAGAGUGGGUUACUCUCAAUUCAGACAGCCCCGUCAUUCCUGAAUCGGACCAUGCUACAGCGGGUGGCCUGAUUAGAGAUCAUACAGGAUGCUGCCUCGCAGCAUUCGCUAGUAACUUGGAGAUUUGUUCUAUCACCCGAGCAGAAUUGAGAGGAGCUGUAGAAGGACUUCAGUUAGCCUGGGAGCGUGGUUAUUGUCGGGUUCGUGUGGAGUUGGACUUUCAGUGUGUUGUUCAGCUUCUCCACAGCCAGAGCACUGAUCAUCAUCACGCCGUUGUCAUUGAGCGUUUCCAGGAGCUUUGCACACGGGAUUGGGAGGUUUUGUGUUACCAUAUCUACAGAGAGGGAAACACGUGCACUGAUUUUUUAGCUAGUCGAGGUCACUCCCUUCCUUUGGGUACCCAUCUUGUCCCGAUGUUUGAUCCGGGUUUGAGUCAUUUUAUCAUGUAUGACUGUCAAGGCUUUUCUGUGCCUCGUCUUGUUGUGAAUGAAAGCUAA